UGAGUAUCAUACGUUAUAAAACACUGCUUUGUUAGUUAUUUAAAUCAAUCAUGUUUCAUAAAUAUUAAUUUUGCUAAUGAAACUUGAACAAAUCUCAGGAAUCCGCGUUAAUCACGUGUUAUCAAUAAAGUUUAAUAAUGAUGAACUGUUCCCAGCAACUAUACUUUUCCGGGAACUAUAAUAUUAAAGUAAUUGCAUUCGGAAUUGAACGCACCUUGAAAAUCUGUUAACAGCAAGAGUACAGCCUGAGUAGAUUAUUCUGCUUUUUGCUGUGCGAGCGAGGAGCGAGAAAGAGAAGACGCGCGCGUCUCUCUCAUGCUCUGCUGGCGUCCUUGCCGUGCGAAUUUUUCUCAUCGCUCCACACCACUUGUCUUAUACUUGUUCUUUGUUUUGCGAUGAAGAGGAAAAGAAUAAAAGAAGAUGUUCUGCUGAAAUGAAAAAAAAAACCGGAGAAUCAAGAUUGAUGUACAGAAAAUAUAUAUAUAUAUUAAAGGAAAAAAAUCAUUAUUUGUUGCAAUUACUAAAAUUUUUAGUUGUUUUCUAUCUCUUGAAGUGCAACAUAGAUAAGAUAUUUCAAAGUGUCCAAAUAUUUGUUGAAAGUUUCUUAAAAGAUUUUAUUUUCAUUAGAUAAUAAAUUUUCUUAAAGGAAUAGCAACUCUUUAAAACGUUACCAAUAGGAUCAACACUUGUAAUAAUUAAAAAAAAUCUGUGUUGCAUGUAAAAAUUUUAUUCACUUAUGUGUUACUGAUUUAACAAUCAUCACAAUAGAAAUUUAAUAUUUAUUAUAAUCCAGAUUGAAUCCAAAAAGUGAGAGCAAUUUAUAAUUUUGAACAAUUAAAACGUGAGAGGUUUUAGCAAAUUUUAAUGGCAAGAGCGUCCGCGUUUGUUCUCGUCGCUUCCUUUCAGCCGUGAUUUUUAUCAGAUUUGUGUGGGAUAUGUGUAUUAAAAAACACACGGGCCGAGUGCAGGGGGGCGCUGUGUUGUGUGCCGCCUCUGUUUCUCUCUCCGCUUUGCUUCCAUCCUCUCUCUCUGCAGUUUUUCCCUAGUGGUGCUCGUGAGUUGUGCAACAGAGCCUCGCGCUGGCGUGUCCGCCACACAAUUUUCGAAAAUGGAUUCCUUUUUUACUUUGUCCCUCCUGUCCUUACUGCACAUGGGCCAUCCACAGGACUACCGGCCUAACCCUCCGUACAACAAUGGUCCUCAAGAUAACUUUGGUCCUGCCCCCUUCGUAGAAGGCCCUGAGGCCAGAAUGCCACCCCCAGACUAUUUGGGUUCCGCGGGGAAGGCGCCGAACAACUACGGGCCCCCGCGCCCAUACUUUGGGCCCCCACUUGGGCCCAUGGGGCCUCAGCAGUACGGCCGGCCUCCCCCGAAUUUGGGCCCCGGAGGUCCUCCACCCUUCCAACCCUUUGACCCUUACGCCCAGAAGAGACCCUUCAACAAGCCUCCCCCUUUCAACGGCCCCUACGGACAGGCGCUCUUCCAGGGCCCUCCGGGUUCGUACGGACAACCCCCUCGGAGGCCCGACUUUGGCCCUCCGCCGAUGAACAACAGGCCUCCGUGGGGACCUGGAGGUUUCCAGCAAGGACCGCCUCCAGGUUACCAAGGGGGCCCUCCAGGGUCUUACCAGAACGGCCCUGGAAAUGUUCCCGGAGGCUACAACCAGCAAGGACAACCACAGUGGCCCAACAGGAAGCCGGAACCGGCCCCGCAAAAGCCCGUCAAGGGGCCCAUGGACUUCAUGGCGGACGUGGUCAACAGUCUGGCCACAAGGGUGCUUUUGGACCACGUGACGGCGAGAGGAAACUUUGUUUUUUCUCCGUACGGAGCAACUUCGGUCCUGUGCGUUUUGAACGAGGGCUCUUCAGGAAUGUCGGCCGUCCAACUGAGCAGCACUCUGAACCUGCCUAAGGACGCUGAACUCGUCAGGGUCGGAAUGAGAGACCUCCACAGACACCUGAAGUCGUACUUCAAGCACAAUGGGUUUUUGCAAGGCGUCGACCUGAGCCACAACAACACGUCCCUCAGGGCCGACUUCAUUCCGCUGCUGCGUUUUUACGGCUACCACGUGGACGACGAGGCGCAAGACCAGCAGCAGCCAAUGGAAACUACCACCAUGCCCAUGAACGACGAAGAAACAGAAGCCUCUACCUCCCAAUCGGAAAUUAAUGAAGCGCCUCCGAGCGAUAGUCUCGUUAAUGAGGACGCGCAGACGGAAGAGCCACCGGCCGAAGAACAGGCGACGGAGGAAGCAGCGACCGAGGAGGCGGCGCAGGACUAUGGAGAGGAAACGAGGCGCAAAAAGAGAGCGAGUAAGAGAUUGACUUUGUGGAAAGACAUAGUGCUGCCGUCUAACUCGCACCGACAAGGUAAUCACUUGAGGGAUGCGUAUGUUUCAGCAAGCCACGCUCUAUUCCCUGACAUAGAACUCAACAACGGGCUGGCGCAGCAGAGUCCAUCAUCAUCUGAGUCGUCGGUGCCCGACCCUUUGGCGCCUCGAAAAAGGUUCCGUCUCUUUUCCGGUGAUUUCACCGAACCGGUGGUCGUGCAGGAGAGGACGGAAAUGCUGCUCUUCUCGUCGCUGCCGCAGUUGGGAGCAGUCGCCGCGCUCUUGCCGCUUGACGAACCACGGUACGGUUUGCUGGUUUUGGUGCCCUACGACGGCCGGCCACAGGCCCUCAAGCACCUCGUAAAGGGAAUGACCAACAUGCCGCUGAGGUCGGUGCUCGACGCCCUCAAACCCAACCACGUUCACGUCACCGUUCCCUCUUUUUCUGCCAAGGGCACCGUCGUCCUCACCUCUGCCCUCCAACAGAUCGGCAUUCAUGACAUUUUCGACCCAAGAAACGCCAAACUGGACAAAAUGUCUGUAGACCCUGGAUUGUUUGUCAGACACCUCGAGCAGGUCAUUGAUAUGAACUUUGGAAAGGUCACAUCGCUUCACACAAGAGUGAUUACGGCACGCUCAACCUCGGAGGUUUUGGACGCAACGCGACCCUUUGUCUACUUUGUCAUUGACAGGUUGACCCAGGUUGCCCUUUUGGCCGGCAUAGUCGAGGACCCGACCACGCAACGGAUAUUCUGACCAAAUUCGUUCGACUCCGCUAAAGAGUAAAAAUUGGGGAAAACAAAAGUUUGAUGGGGAGAAUGGAGCGGAGUCGCUGUUGGCGAAUCGAUGAGACGCGAAAAGUGGAAUUGACUCUGUUUUGUGGUUUUUGUGCAAACUCUUUCAUAUGUGCCGGAAAAAGUGCAAAGUCAGAGCUGAUUGCCUUUGACGAUAAACGCAAUUAAUUCUUUGGAAAAUUAUUAUGAAAGACUUCAAGUUGUACCAGCUUUAAGCAUUUUGUAUCAUUUAAUUCAUUUGAUCAAUAUUUUUUUACAUGAAAAUUUUCAUUAAUUUAUAUCACUUAAGUUUUACCAUUAAUGUCGAUAGCAGCUCAUUUUCGUAUUUAAAAUUUUCAAUAUUAACUAAACGAUUUAAUCAAAAUUUGAUUGUGCCUCUUUAGUGUUUUCUUAAUUUGUACUCAUGAUGACAAGUUUGGUUUUGAUUAGCCUAAGUUUCACUUGAUGUAGUGCUUAAUAUUUAAUAAAUUAUUGAGUAAGAAAUAAAUGUAUGAUU